GUUUUAUGUGUCUUAAAAGGAUCUUCAGGAUGUGCCCCUAUUGCUCAGUUUUUUGAGUGCUGUGGGGGUCUUACGCAGGGAUCUUUGAACAAUUCUUCUGUGGAAUUUUGCGAUCUGGAUGGCAAAGAGUACCGUUUUUGCGUCGAUGCCAAAAAACGGAUUGCCUCGAAAAAUGCGCUCGGUCCAGUGUGGGAUGAGCCUAUUCUUCCAAUACUGGCUCAGCACAACUGUCGUGGAACCUCGGUGGAUGUCUGUGUUACUGAGACCAAGACGGGCGUGCGGACUCCCUUGUUUAGCAACAUUUCAUUACAGACUUUUAACUAUGCGUUUUUGACUUCCAUUCCUGCAUUUCUUAAGCGCACAGAUGUUGGGAUUCGCAAUGUUGAUUUCGUUUCCAAAGAACAAAUGCGUCAUUUCCGUUUUGCGUGGUGUUUUCUGCGACGAGAAUCCCUCAUGACGGCCGUUGAUAUGAGUGAAUUGGAUACUUUAUUACCACCGUAG